AUGCACCGAGCAUUUCAGACGGCUAUGACUAUUCAUCAACCAGAGCUUGUGUUUGUCCUAGGAGACUUAUUCGAUGAAGGAAAAUGGUGCUCCCAGCAUGAGUUUAAUGACUAUGUACAAAGAUUCUUUAAGUUAUUUGAAGUCCCAGAAGGUACAAUAAUGUAUUCUGUUGUCGGAAAUCAUGACAUUGGUUUUCACUACAGCAUCACCCCACAACUGGCAAAUAGAUUUGAGAAGCAAUUAAACUCGCCUCCCGUGAGACUCAUUAGCCUUCGUGGCAAUCACUUCGUCCUUAUCAAUUCUAUGGCAAUGGAGGGAGAUGGAUGUUCAUUAUGUUCUCGAGCUGUCGCUGAAAUUGACAAAAUUGCUGAUAUAUUGAAAUGUAGCAGUGGUUCACCGUUAUGCAAAAGUCAGACGAAACUGGAGUUGUACAGCCGGCCAAUUGUUAUGCAGCACUACCCUUUGUACAGAGAGUCGGACAGCGUGUGCACUGAGCCCGACGCGGCGCCCUUGCCCCAGAGGCGGAACCUGUUCGAGCAGCGGCGGGACUGCCUCUCCAGGGAGUCCACGGAGUACCUGGUGGAGAGCCUCCGCCCCAGGGCCGCUUUCGGCGCGCACACGCACCACAGCUGCCUGGUGAGGCACAGCUUCGCGCCGACGCGGCACCACAAGGUCGAGUUCGUCGAGUACACGGUGCCUUCGUUCUCCUGGCGAAACCGACUCGACCCGAAGUACUAUUUGCUGACGUUGAGCCCGGACGAAGUGAAAGUUGCGAAAUGCGGGAUGCCUCGCGAACGGACGAUGCAGGUCACGGCGAUAGCGAUGUUGCUAGCCCUCCUUAUCUACGCUAAGUACUGCGGACCGCGCCCCACCGCCUCCAACUACAAGCUAAGCGGAAAAAAGGUG